AAAAAUGUCGAAGCGCGGCGCUGGAUCCUCGGGCAACAAGUUUCGUAUGUCGCUUGGUCUGCCGACUGGUGCAGUCGUCAACUGCGCCGACAACAGCGGCGCAAGGUCGCUAUACCUCAUAGAGCCAUACGGUUUCGGUGCACAUCUGAAUCGCCUUCCGGAUGCCGGAGUUGGUGAUAUGGUAGUUGCGUCCGUGAAGAAGGGAAAGCCAGAGCUUAGGAAGAAAACUAUGCCCAUCGUAAUUGUCCGUCAACGUAAAGCCUGGCGCCGAAAGGAUGGUGUCUUCCUCUACUUUGAGGACAACGCAGGUGUCAUCGUCAAUCCUAAGGGUGAGAUGAAGGGCUCUGCCAUCACCGGGCCUGUUGCAAAAGAAUGUGCUGACUUAUGGCCGCGUAUCGCAUCGAACGCUGGUACUGUCGUGUAGAAAACUCAAAUGCUUAUUGUCGUCCCUCUCCGAUCACAUUCGCAUUUACUGUUGAGGUCACGUACCUCGCAAUAUGUUUCAGUCGUAUGUCGCUCUGUAUUAUCACUGUGCAUGCCAAUACGACUAUGCCACGCCCGGACAGCAAGGUCUUCAGUGAUUGCUACAAUGUACCCAGAGAAGACAAUUUUGAGUUACUCGCUUAUU